CACAACCACCACCCAUUCAUAAUGAAAUCAACUUUAUUUUUUAUGAAACAAAACAGAUAAUAAACAAAUAUGAACAGCCCAUUCUUCUCCCUUCUUUCCAUGGCCAAUGAGAAUCUAACUGAAUAAUUCCCUUUAUAUUCUCUCUUCCUUUUUAACUCAUGACUUCCUCUUCCUCUUACUUCUUAGUUCACAACUCAUCACAUCUUUACUUCCACAAGCAAAAGGUUUGUGUUUUCUCCAAUGAAACUCAGUUUCAGAAGAAAGAAUUCCAUGAGAUAAAGCCCCAAUUUUCAUAUACUUCUUCACUCUUGAGACCCAAAGGCUCUGGUUUUAUACACCCUCAUGCUUCCCUUUCAUCUUUUGCUGAGGGGGGAGAGGGCGAGAAAUUUGAGCCCAAAGGGCUUCAGAAUCAAAAAGGGGAAAAUUGUGAAGUCGAAGAUGAUGAAUUGCCCGGAAUGGCCCGGGCUUUUCACAUAUCUUCAAGAACAGCUUCUGCUAUUUCGAUAUGCAUUGCAGUGGCGGCGCUGUGUUUGCCAUUGGUGAUGAAAUCUUUGGGUCAGGGGGUGGGGUUGAAGUGUAAGGCUUUGUCUUAUGUUACGCUGUUGUUUGGGUUCUACAUGGCGUGUAACAUUGGAGCUAAUGAUGUGGCUAAUGCCAUGGGGACUUCGGUGGGUUCUGGGGCCUUGACGCUCCGGCAGGCCGUGUUGUUGGCCGGAGUCUUGGAAUUCUCCGGGGCAUUGUUGAUGGGAACGCAUGUCACAAGUACAAUGCAGAAGGGGAUUCUUGUUGCCAGUGUUUUCCAGGGAAAGGAUACUUUGCUCUUUGCUGGGCUUCUCUCUUCUUUGGCUGCUGCAGGGACAUGGCUACAGGUUGCAUCAUACUAUGGUUGGCCAGUGUCCACCACACAUUGUAUAGUGGGAUCCAUGGUUGGGUUUGGUCUGGUGUAUGGAGGAACCGGAGCUGUGUUCUGGAGCUCACUAGCAAGGGUAACGUCGUCCUGGGUAAUCUCCCCUGUUAUUGGAGCAAUGGCAUCAUUUCUCGUCUAUAAGUUCAUCCGCAGAUUUGUUUACAGUGCUCGGAAUCCAGGGCAAGCAGCCGCCGCAGCGGCACCAAUCGCUGUUUUUCUUGGCGUUACCGGAAUCUCGUACGCUGCCCUCCCUCUUAGCGCCACACUUUCAGUGGCUCUGCUCCAGGCUUUAGCUGUGGGCGGCGUGGGGGCAAUAAUGGUGGACAGAAUCAUCAGAGGGCAACUCGGGCACCUCCUAGCCAAGUCCAAAUCAACGACAGAAACUACCCAGACAAAGAAUCUAGGACUCCUGUCGGACGUGGCCGGCCCGAAAGGCACGCAGCUAGAGAUAGUUUACGGCGUGUUUGGGUACAUGCAGGUCGUGUCCGCCUGUUUCAUGUCGUUUGCCCACGGCGGGAACGACGUUUCCAACGCGAUCGGCCCGCUCGCGGCGGCGCUGUCGAUCGUUCAGGGCGGGAUGAGUGGCGGGGGGGAGAUUUUGGUCAUUCCGAAUGAUGUUUUGGGGUGGGGAGGGUUUGGGAUCGUGGCGGGGCUGAUGAUGUGGGGGUACAGAGUGAUCGCCACCAUUGGGAAGAAGAUUACCGAGCUGACCCCCACCAGGGGUUUCGCCGCGGAAUUUGCGGCGGCUUUUGUGGUUUUGGUGGCGUCCAAGCUUGGGUUGCCCAUCUCGGCCACCCACACGCUUGUGGGGGCCGUGAUGGGGGUCGGGUUUGCCAGAGGGCUUAAUAGUGUUAGAGCGGAAACUGUUAAGGAGAUUGUGACUUCUUGGGCAGUCACAAUCCCUGCCGGGGCCUGCUUGUCUGUUAUCUAUACAUGGGUUUUAACUAAGCUUUUGUCAUACAUACUCUGAGUGUACAUUACAAUAUGAUUAUACUAAUUCAUUCAUGUUGUAUGUAAGGAUUCGUGUACAAACACUUUUUUUAGGGGAUUUAUUGACUGUAGAGGCAAAUCGAAGCUCCAUGGCAGAGGCAAGUGGGGGCAGGCAGCCCUCAAAAUUGGGAUGUAUUUUUUUUAUUUUUUUUUCAAAAUGAUUAUAGUGUGAUACUUGUGUUUUUUUUAGGAAAUGUCAUUUUGGCGUAGAAUUUACAUUUUUCUUGCUUCAAUGAAGAAGCCAUUACACCCAAAAAAUUUGGUGUUGGUGAACAGUGGCGUUGCACUGUUUAUCAUUUUGGUGGAAAAAAGUAUAUCAUAUUUUGCCUUGUUUAUUUA